AUUUCAACAAGUAAUGGCCGGAGCCGGUGUGAACGGGAGCAUAUUUUGAUCAAUCCUCUUGAGAUACGGUAGCUAUCCUGAAGAGGGGUGUGGCUGUUUGACUGUGUAUCCGGUUGCCCUCUUCGACUCGGACCUUCGAGACGGCUGCCGUCACCCUAGAAACAAGCAGGGAAUAUGCAGCACUUUGACGCUCAAUAUCUGCCCAUUCGAGAGGUUCAACACUUUGUAUCUCCAUCUGGAUCCUCUUGCGUUGUUUGCUGUCUGUAUUUCAGGAGCCCCAGUUCAAUCCCCAGCUGGAUCGCAUUUUCUCCUCACCCAGGCUGUUUCCCUAGAAAGAAUUUUAUCCAAAUGUUUGCUGUAAUGCCCGACAGAUCACCAUGAACCCAAGUUUUUGCCAAUCAUUUCUGCUGAGAAGGGCACAUACAUUUGACGACGGACUCGAGUUUGAUGACUGCCCACAACCCCGGAUGGAAAUCGCAGGUUUAUGAGCUGUUUGCUCCUUGCCCGCUUUGAGGGCGUCUUAAAGUAAAAAUCGUGUCUAGAGGCUCUUACUAUAGUACAAACUCGUCUCUACACGGUGAAGCGCAUGCCCAUCCCACAUAAACGCCUGGCGGUCUUUCUCAAAGCCUCCAUCGAGCAGAGGCAUACCCAUAAGGGGCAACAAUCAUAUAGCCAUAUUUCUGGUCCUGCUCGAAGUCUUGUUCAACCGGUUGAGCAUACUGCUAUUUUUCACAAAGUCGCUAUCACCAUGUCACAUCGAUCAUCUCGACGUGCCCGCUCCUCUCGCAGAUUUUCCUGCUCGUUCUCCGGGUGUAAUAGCACAUUCACUCGUUCCCGAGAUGCGAGAAGACACGAACGCAAUGUUCACGAGACAGAGAAGAGAUACUGUCCAUACGCAGGCUGCAGAUUUAGAGGGACCGUACGCCAGUAUAUAUUGCGCAAUCAUCUGAAUGAAUGUCACUCAUCUCUUUAUUCCACCGGACUUGAUGAUUCCUUGGAUAUAUCUGCAAACAGCUUACCUCCCUCACGCCUACGCCCCCCGGCAGAGUCCUCAAACUCGUCGUACCCCUUCGUUGAACAAUUGAAUUCCAACUUCAUAUCAGACAUCUACGCUGCGAGCCAACAGAGCCACAAUGAAACCCCGCUCGGCGACUCACCAUCUGUAAAAGGAUAUGGAAGCGUUGGCUACAAUGCAUGGACACAGAAUGAAGUAGAGUUUGGAAGUUUUUUUAUUGAUAGCGGGUUCGAACAUGAAGUCUUGCCUGUGCUUCGUCCCAUCGCACUGCCUUUGCAUGGCCAUGCAGACUACCGACUCUGUUGGCUCAGCAAAUGCAAUGUAGCUUUGUCUCUGGAUGGAAAUGGGCUGACGCAUUGGGAUCAACAAGUGAGAUAUGGUAUACAUGACGGUGGCAACAAUGUUGUGAUGUGAAUUUGGUUAGGACGCGGGGCAAUUUUGGGUUGAAGGGCUACAGGAGCCAUGUUCAAUGAGGAGACUUGAGUCUAUUGCUAUUCUGGGUUGGAGAUGUAGCUUCACCGUUUAAUCAUGUUACUGAAGUCUGCGAAACUACGAGUCGGUCGGUACAGUUUCUAUGAGGGACACGUCUGCAAAGAUUACCACUCCACAUUCAUCUCGAGACUUUGAUCAAUCAGUG